AUGGGUUUUAAGGUCAGAGUAUUGUUGCGGGAAUUGGUAUCCGGAUCUCUGCUGGUUUCGAACGCACAGGCAGUGGGCCUCGCCAGUGACAACUACGACCCACCAGGUGGUCUCGGAGUGACGGUGACUGGCUGGGAAGCCACUCUGCUCAAGGUGGACAUCUUGGACCGCAACACGUGCAGGAACACCUUCGCCAACAUCAACACUGUGACCGACCGCAUGGUGUGCGCCGGCCAGGCCGGCAAGAGCGUCUGCAUCGGUGACUGGUGGUCCCCUGGUCAGCGGAAGCAACCAGGUGGGCAUCGUCGCCUGGGGCAGUUCAAGGUGCGAGGCCACCCCCGGUGUCUUCUCUAA